GGUUUCUGCUGUUAGCAGUCGUUAUCGAUUUAAAAUUUUUAAAAUCCUGUUUUUCUCUCGAAAGUUAACUACAUUUAGCAACAAAAUGAAGAAAAUUGGUUCCAAGAAACAGAAAUUCAAACCGAAAAAACUACCGGUUCCACUGUCCAAUGUGGAUUACGAUUCAAUGAUCGAAAACGGAACGGACGAGGAAUCUGAAGACGAUUCCUUGCUAGAGGAGCCGCAAAACAAUAGUGAUAGUGGACACGAAGGUGGAGGUCGUUUUGUGCGAGCUCCAGCAAGUGAUGAAAAAAAGGGCGCCUCGUCGAAACAGAAUAGUAAAAAACGUAAACCUUCUGGGCCGCCUCCGGCGGAUGAUCUAGCCCACCGUCAAAAGAUUAAAGCCUUAAAACAGCUUUACAAACCACCGACGGUUGAGGAAAUCAAUCGGUUGAAAGAAACGGAAAAUUUCUACCAUUCGAACCUGUUCCGGUUGCAAAUCGAGGAACUGCUAGCGGAAGUAAAGGUCAAAGCCAAAGUUAUAAAAUUUGUUGAUCAGUGGCUCGACAGUUUCCGAAAGGUGCUUCGCACCAUCAAGGAUGCCGAAAGUGAACAACCUCUGCUAGAAACUUCGUAUAAUUCCGUCAAGUUUCCCUUAGAAAUUCCGGAAAAUUCAGCCUUUCUCAGCAAGCAAUCUUUCCAAUUCCGUCAGCAGAGAAUAGUUCAUCAAAUCGGUUCGGCUACUCUCGGAACACAAUACGGAAAGCCCACGGUCAUCGAUUUGCUGUUGGAAAUCCCCGAAAAAUGUUUGCACAAGGAAGACUACCUCAACUUGCGGUAUCACUACAAGCGAGCCCACUUCUUGUGUCACCUAGCCGACGGCCUGAUGAAUCAAACCAAAUACGGCAUGGCUAGUCGGGUGUGCUUUGUGUCGCUGAAAGGGGACCCGUUGAAGCCGGUUUUGGAGCUGGUGCCAGCGGACGAAAAGUUUGCUGAGAAAGUGCGCUUCCGGAUUUGGGCAGCUGCGACGGAAAAGUUUGCACCGAAAAGAUUCCACCCGAGCAAAAAUAACGUUCGUCCGGCUCUCAUUGGAAACGAUGAUACUGAUGCGAGUGAACUCACCGCCACGCCUCACUACAACAGCUCGAUCCUGUUCGACAUGCGCCUAUUGAAAAACCACGAAAUCCUCGAAAGUACCCUCCAAUCGGAGCAAAUCCGACAGGCAAUCGUCCUGUUGAAGGUAUGGACUCGGCAGCGGCGCUUCGACGAAGGUUAUUACGGAUUCGAUGGGGCAUUGGUCACGUUUUUUGUAGUGUAUUUGCUGCAGACGCAUAAGCUGUAUAACAGUAUGAGUUGUUACCAGGUGAUCCGAUUAUUCUGGAAUUUAUUGUCGAAUAGCAAGUGGGAUACGGAAGGAAUUUCGAUGGAAACAGGGGCCCCUGUUGGAGAGUUUCGGAAGUGUUUUGAGGUGGUUUUUCUGGACAAUAGUGGGCUGCUGAACCUGUGUGCAAAUUUGUCUGGGGAUUUAUACAGAAGGAUCAGACAAGAAGCAGCCGUUGCUAUCCAGCUGUUGGACAACCAAAAAGCCAAUAGCUUCGUUCCGUUGUUCUUGAACAAAUUUCCGGUUUAUACCCAGUAUGACCACAUUUUGAGCAUCGAUAAAAGCGUGGUGAUCCGUUCAAUUGUGGAUACCUUCGGUAGUGAUGAGGACAAGUUGAACUAUUUCGGCAACACCUAUGGACAUUUUAGGAACAUGGUUUACAAGUUGUUAAACAAAGGAUUAGGUACACGAGCUUCAUAUAUUGUACCAAUUGAGUUGAACCAAAACAGUGCGCUUCAUUUGACCAUGGGCAUUCUGUUGAAUCCUCAGGAGGCGUUCCGUACGUUGGACAAAGGUCCAGAAGCGAUCGAUAAAGAGGCAUCCGAAGAGUUCCGUCAGUUUUGGCGUGGAAAAGCUGAACUUCGUAGAUUCAAGGACGGAUCUAUUACGGAGUCCUGCGUUUGGGGAGAAAGUUCGGAUCCGAUCGGCGAGAAACGUUUGAUUUGUAGAAAAAUAGCGCUGUAUCUGUUGAACUCGCAUUUCGAUGUUCCGGAAACACAGGUCACUUACUCCGCACAGCAGUUUGAGGCCUCUGUUCGUCCGAAAAACGCCGAUAUGCAUGAAACUGUUGAACAACGAGCUUUGGCUUGCAUACGAACGUUCGAUAAUUUAGCGAGGAUCAUCAAGAAUUUAGACGGCUUACCGCUGACGAUAAAUGCAAUCCUCGGGACCGAUGCAGUGUUCCGCUAUUCGGAUCCAGAUCCUCCGAGUCCAACGGCUAAGGCUUUGCUUGUUAAUGAUCAACUUAUGUUUUUGGCUCCUAAAGUAAUGUGUGCAACGAUCCAACUGGAAGCAAGCGGACGCUGGCCCGAUGAUCUCGAGGCUAUUCGGAAGUUGAAGGCAGCUUUCUACCUUAAGAUUGCGGAGUCUUUGCGUGUGCAUGCGGGAAAAACUGCCGAACUAGUUCCGCAGGCGUAUGCGGAUUAUCUGGAUGUACUUUAUGAAAAGUACCUUUUCCGGCUGCACAUUUUCCACAAUCGGGAAAUAACGUUGAUGCGCGAAUACUUGGCUGAAAAUAAAGUUACCAGAUUGUAUCGUGAUUCAGAUGCCAGCAUUCAGCUGGAAAUGAAGGCCACGAUCCUGCCAAAGUUGACGGCAAUUUUGCACGGUCUUCAUCAGCAAUUCUUUUCCUUUGGAUCGGUCGCCGCAAUGGCCAAACGAUGGCUCUGUUCGCAACUUAUCGAUUCCCAUCUGUGGCCAGAUGAAUGUACUGAAUUGCUAGUGGCAUCCCUAUAUCUUCGGCAGGAUCCCACAAUUCAACCACAGGCCGGAUUCCUCCGAUUUCUGGAGUACUUGGCAAACACCGAUUGGAGCAAAGAACUGGUUUUGCUAAACUUCAACGAUGAAAUUCCUGAGGAGAAGGUUGAAGAGCUAGAGAAGCAGUUUAUUGAAGCUAGGGAGAGUUUCCCUCCACUAGCUAUUAUCACGUCUUGCGAUGCAGACAAAUUUGGGCUUUUUAGCAAGAGAGCUCCUAGCCCGGAAGUACUGAAUCGUGUCACAAUGCUAGCGCAAAUCGUCAUCGAAAAAAUGGAAAACAAUUUCAACACAGUUCGCAAUAAAGUUCAUAUAUUUUAUCAGCCUUCGUUUGACGGGUAUGACUUGCUUCUCCACUUAGAUACAACGAUUGUACCCGAUAUUGGGAUAACCAGCAUCGAUUUACUCUCUCGCGGCAAAAGAGAAGAUCUCUUCGACCUUGAGUCCAAGGAUCCUGCUGCCGGGUUUGACCCGGUGCGAUUUUAUUUACAAGAACUUCGCGAAGCUUACGGUAGUUUUGCUAUCUUUUUUUACGACACUUACGGUGGAGAUCGGAUAGCGGUCCUAUGGAGACCGGAUGCUCUGGAGGAGAAACCUUUCACGACAACUCACAUCAACGGACGAAUUUUAUCAAAGGCCGAGACGUUACAUCUGAACACGGAAGCGCUAAUUCGGGAUUUCGAAAUUCUUGGUAAAGGUUUGGUACUGAAGGUUGAACGAAAAAUAUCAUCGGAUUCCUAGAAAUAAAACUCCCUAUUUCUUCAACUAA